GGUUUAAUAACCGGAUUUUAAAACAUUUUAGAAAAUAUGGUAUAAAGGGUGAGCUCCUAGAUGCAACUCAGAAAGGUGCCUAAACUAUCGGACGGACACAUAGGUCAUUCCAGAAACGUUCAAGUCAAGUAUUAACGAUUUGGGUUGCACUUUUGAAUAGUUGUCCAGCACCCCAAGACGACAGCCAUGAGUAUUAAAGUUCUGAUAUUGGUUCUGGUGUUAGUUGUUGCCAUAGCAACUGAGGUGAAGGGAUUGUGGCCGGGAAGACGUAUUGGAAAAAGUGUUGACCUUGAGAAGGAAAUCUAUCCAGAUGCUGCCAGCCUGCCAAGUGCCAACAAGUUCUACGACAAGUGGCAACAGCUGAGGGAUGCAGCAAUAGAGUCGAUAGAGAAACGAAAAAAGAAGCUUAAAUUCCCCGGUGAUUGCAAUUCUUCAAAGCUGCAAAACUUCGCCAAGCGAUGCGGUUUGUACGUCGUUUCUGGGGGCAAUCACAUUUUGGUGUAUGAUGGAAGCCGUCUGAUAACCACUAUUCCACACAGUGUUAAAGAGAAUGGCACUUGCAGGAAUAUCAUCAACAUAUUGAAUGGCCGUUGCACUUAGCAAACUCGAUCACAAUAUGCAUUUCAGUGAAACAGUUUUAAUAGGCAACUUGUAAGUGAUCACGUGACAAAAUUUACUCAAAAGAAAUUGCGACCGGAAUAUUAUUUUUCGGGUUCUAAUGGUACAUGAUAAAGUUAGAAAGUAGACUCAGAAAUGUUUAACAUCUCAUAUCACAAACCUAUAUUAGAAUAGUAACGAUUUUACAAACGGCAAAGCUUGAUAUCUAAACCUAAGAUUCAUCUGCUCGUUUACUGUCGUUCUAGUGUAACCGUGAACACUCGAGCUUAUUUCAUUUUAGUUUUUAUUUCUGUAAACAUACUUUUUUUACUCUUUUACUUUUAACUUUUUUUCUCUCUUUCACCAUUUCAUCUCCUUGAAUAGCUUUUAUAGACUCUCAAGUAACUCGAAUUCUUUUGUUUUCACUUAAUUCAUAAUCUGAUUGGUUGAACUCGAAUGUUCACGGUUAGAGUAGAACGACAGUAAUUCCUGAUGAUAAUUAAUUUAUAAUUGCACAUUUAAUUGGGUAACGGUCGCCACGUGACUUAGUGAACCACGUGAACCUAGCAUAAGCAUAUUCCAAUAUAAUUCAUGCUAAAAGAAAACUAAUAAAAAAUGUUGGCAACUGAAUUGAUUGUUUUGUUUUGUCUUUUACGCUGAGCAAAUGUGACAUUUGGCAAGGAAAAGACGCGUGCUGGAGCGUAACCUUUUUAAUAACAGUUUAAUUUUGCUACA